ACGAACAGUUUGCACGCCCUCUCUCGAGCUUCCUUAGCUUGUACAAUUAAUAAAAAACGAAAAACAUAAAUAUUUAAACGUAUUUUAACAGGUGGACAGUUUAAUUUAUUCCAACAAAAAGUGUAUCUACAAAACAAGUCAAUGAAAAACGUGUUUCCGGCAGCCGUUUUAAUGUGUUGUUAUGGCAACGAACCCACCUCCUGUAUGUUGUAAACUCACAAACAUACAGCAGCUUAGAGUUAUACACCUGUCGCCCAUUUUUAGACAUCUGUAAAAUACACAGCUAUCCUCGCACCCAUGGCCCACUACAGAGCCCCGGAAUCGAAGAGAGAACAGUUUAGAAGAUAUCUUGAAAAAUCCGGUGUCCUUGACAGUAUAACAAGCGUAUUAGUGGCACUUUAUGAAGAGGCCGACAAACCUGACAAUGCACUGGACUUCAUAAAGCUUCACCUCGGAGCGGCCAGUCCAGAGCCGGCCGAUGUUGAGACUCUUCGCAUGGAGCUGGCUGACCUACAACAGAAAUGCAACCUUCUCAUGGGGGAGAAUAAAGAGCUGAGAAACAGGUUGAUGCAGUACGAACCAUCGCCAGAAGAGAGAGCAGCAGAGUAGCUGGAGGGGCUUUGUCAUGUACAAAAUGGAAGGAAAUGUUAAGCAUUCUUUUUGAAGAAUGUGUAAAUGUUUAUUAAAUAAUAAUGGAUGAACCAUGAAUAUAACUUCACUGCUGUUGUUUAACAAGAAGCAACUUAUCCUUUGUCAUAAAUAAAAAUGUUUCUUUUACAGAAUAUGAUAUCAGCCAUUCCCUUGAAUUCAUACAGUAUCUCUAUUUACAACCAAAGGAUUCUGCUUACAUCACACAUCCAUUAAUCUGAAAUAAAUACAUAAUAAAAAAGACAACUCUU